AUGAACCUUAGCUAUCAAAAAGGUAUACGAAUUGGCACAUGGAACAUCCGGACAUUGGCACAGGCAUCCCGUUUGGCACAACUAAGCAAAGAAAUGACACGCUGUAACAUUAAGAUCCUAGGUCUCAGCGAAGUGCGGUGGAAGAACAGCGGGGACAUUACAACGUCAGACAAUCACUACAUGAUAUACUCGGGCAAUUCAACCACCCACAUUAAUGGAAUUGGAAUAGUUAUAUCCACUAAAAUUAAAAAAUCAUUAAUGGAGUGGAAUCCAGUCUCCGACCGAUUAAUAACCGCUCGUUUCCGAGCCAAAAAUCGCAAUAUAACAAUCAUUCAAUGCUAUGCACCAACGGAAAUAGCAGACGACAGCGAAAAAGAUCAUUUCUACAACCAACUGCAGUCCACAAUCGCCUCAGCGCAGAAAAGAGACAUCAAACUUGUCAUGGAUGACUUUAACGGGAAAAUCGGCAAUAAUAAUAACAACCUCGAUGAAAUAAUGGGUCGCCAUGGACUUGGAGAAGCACGCAAUAACAACGGCGAGCGAUUAAUUGAUCUCUGCAUGGCCAACCGACUUUUCAUCGGCAGCACGCGAUUCCCGCACAAGGACAUUCAUAAAUAUACCUGGCAAGCACCAGACGGAGUAACACGUAACCAGAUCGACCACGUGCUAAUUGACAAGAAACACCUGAAGUCUCUUCUAGAUGUUCGAACAAUGCGUAGUGCGGACAUGUAUAGCGACCAUAAGCUAGUCGUGAAUAAAGGCGAACGUCGGAACUUCUGUGAAACUGUAACAGCCAAAGUUAAUAAUAUCAGUCCUACAAUAAGUGCGAAGGAAAAAUGGGAAUUAGUGCAAAAAGCAUACGUAGAAUCCGCAAAUGAAGUCAUCGGGAUCAAAAACCCGUAA